AUUAACGAGAGUUUAAACCAAGUGCAUACCGUCAUAUUCAUUUGAUAAUAUUAAGCAAAAAAAAAAGUAUUAAAUUAAAAACAAAACGAUCGCAAUUGAUAGUGAUAAAUAAAAAUAGUGGACGCCACCAAAAAACAAGCUUUUUAUUUUAAUUAAAUUAAUUAUUUUCAUUGGAAGUUCAAUGUUUUAAAAGAGUUUACUUAAAUUUUGCAAACAUUAUGAGGCUUAAUAAAUUAGUGGCAAUAAUUUGCCUAACCAUAAAUGUAUGCCAUGCUUGGGAGGGUAACAGCAAGCCAAAUAUUGUUAUAAUUAUGGCGGAUGAUAUGGGCUUCGAUGAUGUCAGCUUUCGCGGCUCCAAUGAGUUCCUAACACCCAACAUCGAUGCCUUGGCCUACAGUGGAGUGAUUUUGAAUAAUCUAUACACCCCCUCCAUGUGUACACCCUCUAGAUCGGCCUUGCUCACCGGAAAGUAUCCCAUUAACACGGGCAUGCAGCACUAUGUCAUAGUGAAUGAUCAGCCCUGGAGUCUGCCCGUGAAUGAGACCACAAUGGCGGAAAUAUUUCGCCAGAAUGGCUACUAUACCUCCCUCAUAGGUAAAUGGCAUUUGGGCAUGUCGCGCAAAGCAUAUACGCCCACUUUGAGGGGUUUUGAUCAACAUUAUGGUUAUUUGGGUUCCUAUGUGGACUACUUUGAUCAAACCAUGGAGCAGUUUGGUAAAAACUAUUCGCGGGGCCAUGAUUUUCGUGAUAAUCUCAAGCCGAUUUAUGAGGGUAAUGGCUCGUAUGUUACCGAUUUAUUGACACAGGCUGCCUUGAAGCGCAUAGGAGAGCACAAUUUCCAAAAGCAACCCUUAUUCAUGAUCUUAAGCCAUUUGGCGCCUCACAGUGCCAAUGAUGAUAAGCCUUUACAGGCCCCCGAAGAAGAAAUUGAAAAAUUUGCUUAUAUAAAAAAUCCUGAAAGAAGAAUUUAUGCUGCCAUGAUGUCCAAACUAGAUGAAAGUGUGGGUGAAGUGGUGCAAAGUUUAGCGGAAAAUGGAGUUUUAAAUAAUACCAUUUUAUUGUUUCUAUCCGAUAAUGGAGGACCCACUGUGGGUAUGCAUGCCACCACAGCCAGCAAUUAUCCUUUGAGGGGGCAAAAACAUUCGCCCUGGGAGGGAGGCAUUCGUUCGGCGGCUGUUAUCUGGUCCACACAAUUGGACAAGUUGGGCACUAUCUGGGAACAGCCUAUUUAUAUAGCAGAUUUAUUGCCUACCUUGGCGGCAGCUGCAAAUAUUCCUUUAGAUCUGGAUAAGCUAAAACUAGAUGGUUUAAAUCUUUGGUCAGCCCUGAAGUAUGGCUACGAAUCGGUGGAACGUGAAAUUUUACACAAUAUCGAUAGUAUAUUCCAAUAUGAAGUUUACAGCAAGGGUAGAUGGAAAUUUAUCAAUGGUACUACCCAAGAGGGUAUAUACGAUGGCUGGCUUUCAAAGCGCCCCGCUGCUAAUGAUACCUCACAAAUUGAUCCUCGUUUUCCGGUGUACGAAGAACUGGUAAAAUCUACUCCAGUAUGGCAGUAUUUACACAAAUUAUCAGCUUCCGCCAAUCACAAUAUCACUCAGCUGCGUAAUUCGGCCUUAAUACAGUGUGUUUUGGAUCAUGGUGUAGUUAGUUCGAGCUGUAAUCCUUUAGAAUAUCCUUGUCUAUUUGAUUUGGAUGAUGAUCCAUGUGAGCAGCAUAAUCUAUAUGAAAGAUAUGAAGGUUCUACGAUAUUAAAUGAUAUGCUGGAACGUGUAGAAUAUUUCAGGCAGCAUGCUCAUGCCAUUAAUAAUAAACCGGCGGAUGAGCGUUGUGAUCCGGCAAAGUUUGGGGGUGAAUGGACCUGGUGGGAAGAUAUUAUAGAGGGCAAUUCAGGGGAAACUAUGAUGGCUUUGGGUUGUGUUAAAGUAUUUCUAAUGUCCAGUAUUGUUUUAGGUUUAAGAUAUUUAAUGAUUUAAAAUAAAUUUUCUAGUUUAAAAAGCAA